CAGUUUUCCUGGAGGUACGUGAAUGCAUCAGGAUCAAGCGUUACUCGAGUAGAAACAUGGAGGCGGCUCAGAUAUAAGAAAAGUUCCACAGGUGAGGUGCUGGAAAGGUGAGCCGCUUGGAGCAGAGAUGGUUGCUCUGCCAUGGCUGCUCUCUUCUGGAUUAUCACCUGUCUGCUUACCUGCCUGUGCGCAGUACUGCCAGAGAUGGUUGAUCUCCCUCCACCCAUGGACCUCCGUCUGACCUCAGAUCAUUUCAUUCAUAUUCUGGGAUGGCAGCGAGGAGCAGGAACGCCCCCCGGAGUGACCUACAGUGUCAGCGUGAUCUCAGAAACGGAGACAUUGUGGCGUCUUGUUCCUGGCUGUGAGGCAGUGGUGGACCCUCUGAUCUGUAACCUGACAGAAGCCUUCCCUAACCCCUCCUUGUUCUACUUUAUGAAAGUCAGAGCCGAGCUGCAGAUGCAUUCCGCAGAAACCAGAUAUUCGGGAUUCAAGCCAAUCAGAGACACUAUUCUGGACCCUCCACUGCUCUCUGUGGCUCCCUGUGGUAGACAUCUGUGUGCCCAGCUGCAUUCACCCCUGGAGCGCCUGAGACACAUCUAUGAACAGCUAACAUACCGGCUGAACGUGAGCAGAGACAACACAUUUCAGUUCUUUAAGGGCCCGGUGUCUCUGAGUGACGUGGUUUUUGACGACAUGGUUCUGGCCCCUGGCAGACGCUACUGUGUGUCUGUUUGUGUUUUGGACAGCAUGGAGCUCCGAGAGUCUAACUAUAGCCGUCCAGUGUGUGUCGACACCCCAAGCACCUUUAACACAGAUGUCUUGGUCUCUGUUCUGCUCUGUCUGUUGAUGCUCGGUGCUGUGUUCAUUGUCGCCCUGCUUGUUGUUGCUGGGUUCAUCUGUUUGAAGAGAAGACCAUUCCCCUCAGCUCUGACGUCUCUCCAUCACAUUGAGGAGGUUUUGAUUAUCGCUGCUCCCUGCGCCUCCUCCUUUUCUCCUCUCUAUGAAGUCAAAACUACUGCACCUCCUACAGGAGACAAGAGGAGUCGCUCUUCAUCAUUAUCAUCAUCCUCAUCAUUGUCGGAGGGCGAGGUGGAGGGUGCCACACCAGGAGGGGGAAGAGUUUAUCUAUCAAAAGGAGGGGAUAACUUAUCUUCCUCCUCAGUGUCCACUCCUUCAUCUCCUCCCUGCUCCUCCCACCUCUCCCCUAAUCCUGUCACUCUCCUCCCUCACCCUUCUCAAGCUCUCUAUUCAGGGAAGACAGGGCCUCCUACAGGAGGACAAACUAUGAACACUGCAGAAUGGACUCCUAAACAAUCACUAGAGGAGGAGGGAGGAGGUCUGGAUGUGGACCUCCAUACUCUGACCUUUGGUAGACAGGAGGAGGGUGGGGAGGAGGAGGAGGAGGAGGAGGAGGAGUGUUCCCCCAUCAUUGCCCCACCCUCACAGAGAGAGACUGACGAGGAGGAAGAGGAGGAGGAGCUGUGUGAAUACAUCAGGCAUUAAAGCCACUUGCUGGCCGACAAAGGUAGGAGGACUUUGGUGGAGUGGUGGACUCUUAAUGUCCUGGGCUUGGUUGGUCCUUGAUACUGAUGGGUCUCUGUCUCCGAAUGGCCUAUUAUGAGUCUUAAGUGGGAAUCAGCAGCAUUCCUGUUAAUGGCUUUCUGCAUUAUAUGUUAGCAUCAAGCUAACAAACUGAGAUGGACCCUUAGAGAAUCAUUCAGCAGGAAGGGAUGUCUUUUGAAGGUUUGAAUGGUUAAACUGGAAAAGUUUUUUAUGUUUUCAGUGAAUGUCGACCAAAGUCUAGAGAGUAAUGUUGAAAAACUGUCAAGUCAUUUUACUGGUUUAUUAUUUCAUGUCUGUCUGAUUCUUGAGGUUUAUAUUAAGGCUGUUGGCUGAUUGGUUGAUGCAGAGUUUGAUGACAGCUGUGUACACCAUGGUUUAAACAUGUUUCACUGUUACAUCACUAAGACCUCUAUAUAACAUGUUAUUACUGUUAUUGUAUAUAUUUUUAUGUUUAAUAUAAAUAAAGGAGAACGUAACAUCCAA